AUGUCAUAUGAGUUUGAGGCAUUCGAGAACGUUGAUAACAGAUAUCCGUCUAGUACUGCUAACGCAAUACCUGUCGUAUUUGUUGAAGGUUUUCUUGGUCCGGGAGUACCUGAAUAUUGGGGUCCCUUGGAACACAUAUUUGCAGGGAAUGAGGAGAAGAGUAUUAAAGCACGGCGAUGUAUAUUUGUUAAACCUGGUUGUGGAAGCUCACUACAUGACAGAGCGGUCGAAAUUUUCUACCAGUUAAAGGGGGGAAGAGCAUCGGUUGGAUUGCUUACGCAAGUUGACUAUGGAGAGGCGCAUGCGAAAGAGUUUGGUCAUGUGCAAUAUGGGAGAAAAUAUGAUGGCUUAUAUCCAGAGUGGAGUGUAGAAAAGCCAUUGCAUUUUAUAGGUCAUUCUUUGGGCGGAAAUACACUGUGGAAAUUACAACAACUCCUCGCGGCAAAAGAUUUCUUUCCGUCUCAGUUUACCCCACAUCCUGAUAUGAUGUGUUCAUUAACUACUGUCUCAGCACCUCUACGUGGCAGUCAAAGUGUAUACAUUCUUGGUAGCCGACAUGAUGCGCCUGGGCGCGUUCGUCCUUUCUCGUUCGGAUGUUGGCUUGCUCGAUGCGUGCACCUAUACGAAUAUUUUGAUAUUAAGUGGCUUAAGAACAAAUUCUACGAUUUUAAUGUAGAUCAUUGGGGAUUCAGUUGUAGGAAUAAUAAGAAUAUUGAGAUAGCUGAUGAGAAUGAGGUUGAUGAACUUAAGAUUGAGACAAAGCAAGAAGAGACAACUCAGAGGAAGUAUGGAUUAUGGAGAUGUUUAUUAGAGAGCCCAUGGUUAUAUUCUAAAGACAACGCACCAUACGAUAUGACUAUUCAUGCCAUGAAAGAACUCAACGAGACUAGUCGGAUGUUCUCUAAUACUUUCUAUCGAUCAUAUGUAGCAUCAAUGACUCGUGAGGAUCUACAAACUCAGUACCACUACCCGCAGUUCUCAUUUUCCUUCCAACUUCCAAUCUACGUUCUCUCUCGCCAAAUAGGACGCUAUCAGUUCCCAUCUUCCUUGACUAUUCCGCCAUCCGAACUAUCUGAAUGGUACGAAAACGAUGGUGUAUGUCCCGUGAUUUCACAACGGCAUCCUCGUCCAUGUGCGUCUGGAUACUGUUUUCAUCAUCAAGGACUCCCUCCAGUUGAUGGAUCGGGUAAGGCAAAACCACGAACAGGUGUUUGGGAGGUAUGGGAGAUUAAGGAGGCAGAUCACUUCAGUCUUGUUCCUACAUGGAAAGGAACUGAAAUGCAACAGAGAUUUUAUGAGGGAUAUCGGAAGCAUCUAGAUAAUAUUGAUGACUUGAUCCAUGAUGGAUCAGUAAAAACAAGUAAACAUGAGACCGGUUGA